UUCAUCCAUCUCAUGCACAGGUAACAAGGGAACUGACAACAUACGUCAUAAACACAGGAACCGUAACACCUCUAAUAAAACGGGCAAUACUGCUACCGUAAAACAAUGAGAAGAGCGUUCUCUAUAAUGAUACUUUAACAGUUUCCUUUGUUACCUUCGUCUUUGUAUCACUUCCCUUCUAGAGCACAUCAUUGGACCCGUAUUCAUUUCCUGCCAGUAUAUGCCUUUAAUAAUAUUCUAUAUCAUCAUAGGCUCCUUCGAUUAAAUAGAUGACAUGUUAUGUAGUGAAAUAGAUGACAUGUUAUCGUCAUUCUGUUUGUUGCAGCCAUUUCACAACGGUUGUACUACUACCCCUACACAAGUGACACGGCACAAGUGACACGAAAUGUACUACCACUACAAAAUGAAACAAGGGACCAACUCAUCAGCGGGGAUCCAAUCCCUCCUGAACAACCCGCUCAGCCACUCCUCUGUACCCGCAGCGGGGAUGACUCCCUCCAGUGGCACCUCCACUGUCCCCCCCUUCAAAUUCCGCCAUCGCGGGGAGAAGGUGGACUGGCGGCAGAUUAACAAGGUGGACAUAAACCUUGUGAAAAGCCAGCUGGACAUAGACACUCUGCAGGCUCACAUCAACGAAGUGACGUUGUGCAGCCUGGAUGGGGAGCGGUGCCAGGAGUGCCGGAGCCCUGUGGACCCGGGUCUGCUCAAGCUCCUGCAGCUGGGGCAGCUCUCCGUGGAGUGGCUGCUCCACUGCCAGGAAGUCCUCAGCCUCAACCAGCAUGCAGCGGAGGAGAGGCUGGAGGCGGCGCGCAUGGAGCAGAAGCAGCUGCUGGAGCAGCAGAGCAAGCAGGAGGAGAAGGUGAAGGCUCUGAACGAAGAACUUAUGCUGAAGGGGAAGGUCGUGAGCGACCUGCAGUCCCAGCUGCUCCUCUGUAGCCAUAAGUGUAAAGUUUGUAAGAAGGGCUUCCUUACGCCACAAUUCCUCCAGAGUCACAUCCAACGCCGUCAUCCUGAGGACCAUGAGAGCCAGCUGCAGUCGGAUCGUGAAAUUAAACCGCAGAUCGAUAUUCUUAAAACGGAGAUCAGCGGAUUGAAGGAGAUGAACGUUCAGCUGCAGCAGAACCUGCAGCUCAAAACAGCUCAGGAGAAGCGACUUGAGAGCGAGCGAGAACAACUCAAGGCUGAGGAGAUGGUUCGCUUUGAGCGAAUCCAAGCCGACUCUGCUCAGUCUCAGGCACAACUCCUCCUGAACCUUGAGCAGCAGCUGAAGAAGCAGGAAGAAUUGUGGCAAUCCAAGCUGCAAAAGACCAAGGACAACCACGAGUCUGAAAUGAAUAAGCUGCUGGACGAGCUGAGCAGAGUUCGGUCGUCUGUGUCUGCAGAGCAGGAGCGAAGCCAGCAGCUAAAGCAGGAAAUGGAACAGAUGAAGCAGGAAAUGGAACGGAGGCUGCAGGAGAUGCAGCUUUCCAUUGAGGCUCUGAGGAAGCAGGAGAUGGAACAGAGGCAGGAGAUGCAACUUUCCAUUGAGGCUCAGAGGAAGCAGGAGAUGGAACCGAGGCUGCAGGAGAUGCAGCUUUCCAUUGAGACUCUGAGGAAGCAGGAGAUGGAACAGAGGCAGGAGAUGCAACUUUCCAUUGAGGCUCAGAGGAAGCAGGAGAUGGAACAGAGGCAGGAGAUGCAACUUUCCAUUGAGGCUCAGAGGAAGCAGGAGAUGGAACAGAGGCAGGAGAUGCAGCAUUCCAUUGAGGCUCUGAGGGAGCAGGUUAAAAACAAUAAAGUUAAAGUACCAGUGGUGGUCAGAGCACCAGCACCAGAGCCACAAGCAACGAGGGUUGGUCUUGACUCGAGCAGCGCCUCUGAGCCGGAACAGAGUCCGAGCGUGACGGUCAAUGCUCGGAAGAGGAAGCCCAGCACCAAGAAGAAGAUGAGACGAAAGCUCAAGCGGGCCGUCUCAAAGAGCCUGGAGGACCUGGGGGUCAAGCCCGUAUGUUCUCACUAUUAA